AUGAGCCAAGUGUUAGCCAUCGUCGGUGCCACGGGCCAGCAGGGCGGCUCCGUUGCCAACUUCGUUCUUUCGGACCCGGUGCUCUCGACCCGCUACAAGGUGCGCGCCCUCAUGCGCGACACCACCAAGCCGGCCGCCGAGGCCCUCGUGCCAGGGGCGCCGAGCUCGGCCGCCGGCGCCGGCGCCCGCUUCGUCUUCGCCGCCACCCGGACCGUCUACGACGAGCAGGUCAAGGAGCGCGAGCUGCGCCAGAGCAAGGACCUCGCCGAUGAUGAUUACUGCAUGCACUUCAUUGAGUGA